UGAAUCAUUAGCGAGUAGAUUUCACAAAAUGUACUCUCGAGUGUUUUGAUUUACAAACUCGCUAUCUCUCUUCUCUCCAAGAAGUACAGAUUUUUCAAAAAAAUCUCUGCUUUCACUUAGCUCAAGAAGAAGAGGGAAGAACCAAAAAGAACAGGAUUAAUUUAAAUUAAAUUCUUUCUAGGAAAAACAAAAGUCUCUAAAUUUUUCAUCAUUGAGUUAGUACUCACACCCCCCAAUCACCAUUCGUUAUCCAUCCUCGAGUGAGGGCACUCCUUUGAGGAUAAAGCUAUCAUCUUUUGACUUCUCUUCUUCUUUGAAUUUGAACUAAAGAAGAUUCAAAUUUACUUGAAAUCUGUUGAACCAGAGAAAUGGGUUUCUUGAAUUGGGUCUUCUCAGUAGUUUCUGCAGCUGCCCUUUUCGUUUCAUACUCUUCUGCUCUCACUCUCGAUGGGUUUGCUCUUUUGGAGUUGAAAAGUGGAUUGAAUGAUACUAGAAACUCUCUAGAGAACUGGACAGAUUCAGAUGAGUCUCCUUGUUCUUGGACUGGUGUCUCCUGUAAUCCUCAAGACCAAAGAGUUGUUUCAAUAAACUUACGUUAUAUGCAACUAAGAGGGAUCAUAUCUCCUAGCAUUCAGGAACACACAAAAGCCUCAGCCUUUAGUGGAAGAUCUCUGUCUCUUUAAUGUAUAGUGUUCUUGAACUGUUUGUUUGGUUCAGGAACAUGUCAACCAACUUCUUCUAUGGAGAUAUCCCUGAUAUAGGAGUUCUAAGCAGAUUUGGAGCUGAAUCGUGAGUUAAUACACGAUCAAGAACUUUCAGACAAAAAUCUUGUGCUAAUGUUAUGUGUCUGUAUGGUUAAUUCACUGGUAAUAUGGAUCUUUGUGGUCGGCAAAUUCACAAGCCAUGUAGAUCAUCAAUGGGGUUCCCUGUUGUUCUACCUCAUGCAGAAAGUGAUGAUGAUGAAUCAGGCAAGUUCUUGUUAUAAAAAACACACACUCAAUCUCUUCCUUUUGUCUUAAACUUUCUAUUUUCGGAAUGUUAACAGAUCCUCCAAAGAGGUCGUCACACUUGAUCAAAGGAAUCUUGAUAGGUGCAAUGUCUACAAUGGCUAUUGCAUUUAUUGUGAUUGUUGUGUUCCUAUGGGUUUGGAUGCUCCCAAAGAAAGAAAGAACAGUGAAAAAGUACACAGAAGUCAAGAAACAGAAAUAACCUUGUGAGACAAGCAAAAAGCUGAUCACAUUCCAUGGAGAUCUUCCGUACUCAUCUAGUGAGCUGAUUGAGAAGCUGGAGUCUCUUGACGAACAAGACAUUGUUGGUUCAGGAGGGUUUGGUACGGUUUACAGAAUGGUGAUGAAUGAUCAUUGAGGUGCAUUGCGCUUGUGCACUUCUAACGAAAUGUUACAUUUGAAGCAGAGGAGAGAUUUGAGACCAUUUAGUGGACUGCACUUUUAUUGUAAGAUGUUUAAGCCUACUGUUUAAAAAAAUAAUCUAAUAUACCUGAAUGUAAAUAAA